AUGCAAUUUUCCCUAAAAAUAUCCCUCAACUACUUCUCUUCCGUGUUUCAAUGCCCUCGAAGGAGCGUUGGAGCGAUACUGUGCAGUGUGCACAGCAAAAUGAAAGUUCCCAGCAGCUCAACUGAUGAUGGUACCGGUUUUCGAUUGACUGUGGUCGGGGAGCAAGAUGACACCACAGAAAAGCUCAAAUUCAGGGAACACGUGAUUGCUGGCUUGACAAACCCUACUAAGGCUCUGUCCUCCGUCUAUUUUUACGAUGACCGUGGAAGUGAACUAUAUGCCAAAAUAACUGAUCUGGAAGAGUACUAUCUGACCGAGUCGGAGCGAGAAAUCUUUGAAAGUUAUGCAAACGACAUGGUCACAACCCACUUUUGUCCUCGAAACGCCAAAAGGAAUGAAAUCAUCAACAUUGUUGAGCUAGGAGCAGGCGAUGGACGAAAGACGAGGUUACUCUUGAAAGCUCUUAUCUCGCACAGGGUUAAAUUUGAGUACAUACCCAUCGACAUAUCCCGAAAAGCCAUGGCAAACCUUUUCCGUUCCAUGGAUAAAGCAUUUCCUAAAAACGUCCUCAAUGUACACGGGCUUAUUGGGAACUAUCUUGAAUGCUUGAGAUACAUCUUCUUACAGCACCCGUCCCGAGAAAAUGUUGUUGCUUUCAUUGGAUCAAGCAUUGGUAAUUUCUCUAGUCAACAGGCUUCUCAUUUCCUGCAAAAGCUCAGGGCGCAGAUGAAACCGCGCGACGUCCUGUUGCUUGGGACAGACUUGCGCAAGGAUGCACGAGUGAUGCAGAAAGCAUACUCUGACUCUGCCGGGGUAACGAGGGAAUUCAACUUGAAUCUUCUCAUUCGGAUGAACAAAGAGCUCGGCACAAAUUUUGAUUUGAAAAAAUUUGAGCAUGUCGCCGUCUACAACCCUGAAAUCGGAGCCAUGGAGAGUUUCCUUGUCUGCACCGAGGCACAUUGUAUCUCGAUGGCGACUACGGAAUCAGGUAGCAAAGGCUCUACGACCAGUCAUCAUUUCAUGUUUAAACAAUUUGAGAGGAUACACAUGGAGUGUUCCCACAAAUACACACCUGACCUCAUCAGUGAAAUGCUGCACACAGCUGGCUACCAAGUUAGAGAUCAGUACUUUGACAAUCGGCAGUGGUUCAUGGACACUGUUUCCGUCGUACCCGACAAUCAACAGUCCGGAGCACAUCCCGAAAACGCAAUUCACAAUGGCUCGUUGGACAUGGAAAACAUUCAAUAA